UAGCCUUAGGCUGCAGGUUUCUCUUGGAAACGCGGCCGAACCAGAAGGCGGUGGCUUUGCAGCGACGCUCCCGACCCGGUAAGAUCCAGGCCGGCCAAGGCGCACCUCUGCGGCCCGGAUGACCGGCGAGGGCCUCGACCAGGGUGACCGCCCUCGCGGCCCCCGGCCUCCCGCACGCGCGCCCCGCCGGUCACGUGACGGCGGCGCAGGUGAGCGCCGCUUCCGGGGUCAGGCGCCUGGAUCGCGGCCGGCUCCGGCUUCCACUCAGUCGGUGCGCGGGAGACCAUGGCGUCCUCGGUCCCGCCGGCCACCGCACCCGCGGCCACCGCGGGCCCCGGCCCGGGAUUCGGCUUCGCCUCCAAAACCAAGAAGAAGCAUUUCGUGCAACAGAAGGUGAAGGUGUUCCGGGCGGCCGACCCGCUGGUGGGUGUGUUCCUGUGGGGCGUAGCCCACUCGAUCAAUGAGCUCAGCCAGGUGCCUCCCCCGGUGAUGCUUCUGCCCGAUGACUUUAAGGCUAGCUCCAAGAUCAAGGUCAACAAUCACCUUUUCCAUAGGGAAAAUCUACCCAGUCAUUUCAAGUUCAAGGAAUAUUGUCCCCAGGUCUUCCGGAAUCUCCGUGAUAGGUUUGGCAUUGAUGACCAGGAUUACUUGGUGUCCCUGACCCGAAGCCCCCCAAGUGAAAGUGAAGGCAGUGAUGGUCGCUUUCUCAUCUCCUACGAUCGGACGCUAGUCAUCAAAGAAGUGUCCAGUGAGGACAUUGCUGACAUGCAUAGCAACCUCUCCAACUACCACCAGUACAUUGUGAAGUGCCAUGGUAGCACACUGCUGCCCCAGUUCCUGGGGAUGUACCGGGUCAGCGUGGAGAAUGAAGACAGCUACAUGCUUGUGAUGCGCAAUAUGUUUAGCCACCGACUUCCUGUGCACAGGAAGUAUGACCUGAAGGGUUCCCUAGUGUCCCGGGAAGCCAGCGAUAAGGAAAAGGUUAAAGAAUUGCCCACCCUUAAGGAUAUGGACUUCCUCAACAAGAACCAGAAAGUGUACAUUGGUGAGGAGGAGAAGAGAGCGUUUCUGGAGAAGCUAAAGAGAGACGUGGAGUUUCUGGUGCAGCUGAAGAUCAUGGACUACAGCCUCCUGCUGGGCAUUCACGACAUCAUCCGGGGCUCUGAGCCCGAGGAGGAGGGGCCCGCGCGCGAGGAGGAGUCGGAGUGGGACGGGGACUGCAACCCCACGGCACCGCCUGCUCUGGUGGGCUCCUACGGCACCUCCCCGGAGGGGAUCGGAGGCUACAUUCAUUCGCAUCGACCGCUGGGACCCGGAGAGUUCGAGUCCUACAUCGACGUCUACGCCAUCCGGAGUGCUGAGGGGGCCCCCCACAAGGAGGUGUACUUCAUGGGCCUCAUCGACAUCCUCACGCAGUAUGACGCCAAGAAGAAAGCGGCUCACGCAGCCAAGACCGUCAAGCACGGGGCGGGGGCCGAGAUCUCCACUGUGCAUCCCGAGCAGUAUGCUAAGCGAUUCCUGGAUUUCAUCACCAACAUCUUUGCCUAAGAGCCUGUCUGACUCCGUGGUGGUUGCUGCUUCACGUUCAAGGUGGCGUGGUUCUGAGAGGCGUGGCGGGACUGUUCCUGCCCCUGCUUCUCUUCCUCCUCCGCUGAAUUCAGGCGCCUUCCAUCCAAAUCGCUCCGUGUCGUUGAAUAGGCAUUUCUUGGCCCCCAGAAAUACAUUGCCCUUUUCCCCAUCUGUCCAUUUUUCUUCUCUCCCUCCCUCCAACAAGCCCUCCUGCUUCAUGCGAGUGUUACUGUGGACGCUCACAAGUGCCUUGAUCUUUGUAAAAUACCCUGUUGUUUCUGUCACUUAGGAGGCUUGGGGGAGGGGCGGUUGUCAUCUUCUAGACCUGCCUGGACAGAUGGACCUGGCUCAAGAAACUGCUUGAUGCACUUUGCUGUGUGGAGUAGACCACGAGUGUCUGAAUGUGCUGAUAACUUUAUAGAACUCACUAGUGUGCUUCAUCCCGGUCGGCCCUGGGAUGGAAGACUUCUGAGAUAGGACCGAUGUGGGUGCAAGUAUGCACGCGCGGCAGAACAUGGCUGACCCGGCGUGGGAGGCGGGGUGGGAGUGGUCAGCAGGCUGGCACCUCACGGAGAGACGGGACCCAAGAGGACUGCUGUGACUACGCAGGAACUGGAAGAGGUCUCUGGCAAGGAGCGAUUACGCCCCAGUCUUCUCCCACCCCACUCCCACUCGCACUGCAUCUGCACCCAUGUGCACAUCUGGGCGCAGCACCCAGGCAUGGCCAGACGCGUGUGAGCCUGGUGAAGGUGUUUGACUACUGCUGCGUAAACCAGAAGCUCACGCCUUUCCCGCAGCUGGAACUCUUCAGCGGGCGGGGCCGGUUCUGGAGGCUGGAAUGAUGGGCCAGGGUGUGCAGUCCAUUUCCAUGUGAAGCUUCCUUCCUGGCUAGCUGUCCUCGGGCUUUAUUUCCAGAAGGGACGAUCUCUACUGGGUCAGUUCUGGUCAUUUCACCAGGAAGGGGUCUCAAGUGUGGGAACCUCCUGGGUGUGUGCAGCUGGGACACUUGCUUCUCCUGGCCUUCCUCACACCCUUUUUCCAGUUGGAUUUGUUUUCAUUCUGUUCUCUUCUGUCCCGUUCUCUACUGCCACUGUGUCUCCCGGGGGACAGAUGGCCUUCUGUGUCAUCUUCACUCUCCUCCCCCAGAGAGGAGUCUGGGCCGUAACUCAGUCAGCCAUCCGCCUCCAAAAAUGAUGGAGUUCGUGGUGAUACUCUCAGCAUGUAGAAGACCACGACGAGAUGAGAUAGGUGACCUCCCCUCCCUCUGCUGCCUUUGGGGCUAAGACGCUCAUUCUUGAUGUCCCCUGGAAGCAUCCACACUUUUUUCACAUAAACACAAGCGCCCGCACCUGGCCUGUGGGGAUGCGGAGCUGUUUUGCUCUGUGUCUGGCUGGACCGAGUCUUGCUCUGUGUCUGGCUGGACCGAGUCUCCCAAGAAGGCAUGCGGUCCUAAGGGAGAAGCUGCCUCCGUUUCACCUUCUGCUCCAAAGGAGGUAGUGAGAGGGCUCUCUAGUGUGGGGUUGGAGCCCCAGUCAUACCUUCCUGUCCUGCUCCUGCAGGGUCUUUUCCAUUCCCCUCUACCUUUCUUCCCCUGUUGAAUGCAAUAAAACUGACACCAGCAGCUGCGGCUUUUUAGAACAGGGUUUUCUGACUGUACGGCUGAUACAGGCGGUAUAAUCAUCAUUUGUUGCUUCUGUUUCUCACCUUUUUUGUUUUAGUAAUAGAAGAUCUUGUGUAUUUGCUCCCAUUACUAUCACAAUACAGAUAAUAAAUUAUUCAAUCCAAA